AUGUUAAAAUAUAAACAGUAACGACUAUUAGAUGAUGAUUCUUAACCAUAUAAAUUAAUGGUAAUAUUCAAAAUAUAAAUUUGAUUAGAUUUAACAACAUAAAUUACGUUCCUCUGAAAAAAAGAGACCUCUCAAUCGUCCAAGAACAUCAUCUUUCAAUAAACCUUAAGUAGAUAUUUUAAUUGAAAUCUAAAAUUAAAAUGCUAUACUCACAUAAGCAAUUAAUUCACUAAGAAAUACUAUUGAAUAGUAUAAGGAAUGA